GCUCAGCCCCGAAGGAGCCCCACGCCCAGGGGGUUGGCUCCGGGGGCUUGGGGGUGUCCGUGACCCCGAUCUACAGCUGCAGGAGGGAUUUGGGGCCACAGGACAGAUGGAGGCCAAGGGCCCCAAAGCAGGAUAAAAGGUUUACACUAAUCAAAAUGCCUGGCUAAUUGGAAAAGGCGCUUAGGGGCUGGCCGGGAGGCGGCGCGGCUGGAGGUGACCCGCUGCUGAAUCAGAGGGGCCGGUAACCUUAACCCGCCGGGAUCGGAACGGAUACGCCGGCCCGGAUCGGGUUCCCACCCAAGUUUUCCACCCGCGGCUCCGCCACAGCCGGACGGGGCCGCGGCGAGGGACGGUGGCGUGGCCGGGGGCUGCCGCGGUGCCCCCUCGCCCGGGCGCCCCCGGUGCCCAUCGCGACCCGGCCGGUCUCUAAUCCCACCCGAGGGUAAUCGCAGCCCCCCGGGGCCCUCGUCCCGCUCCGUGGGGCCGGGGCAGCGCAGCCGCCCCCGCCGCGGGCGCUCCGUCCGGCCCCGCCGCGACGCCCGGGCUCGGCAGCUCCGGGGAGCCCCCGCCGGCCCCCGGGGGCCGCCCCGCCUCGGCGGAAGAUGCCAACGAAUGGGAUCCACCAGGUGCUGAAGAUCCAGUUCGGGUUGAUCAACUGCGAGAGCCGGUACCUGACGGCGGAGAGCUUCGGCUACAAGGUGAACGCCUCGGCGCCCAGCCUCAAGCGCAAGCAGAUCUGGACGCUGGAGCAGGAUGAAGCCGACAGCUCCAUCGUCUUCCUCAAGAGCCACCUGGGCCGGUACCUGGGCGCCGACAAGGACGGGAAGGUGCGCUGCGAGGCGGAGCAGCCGGGCCGGGAUGAAGGCUUCAGCAUCAUCACGCAGUCGGACGGGCGCUGGGCGCUGCAGUCGGCCCCGCACCGGCGCUUCUUCGGGGGCCGCGAGGAUCGCCUGUCCUGCUUCGCCCCCAGCGUGACGGAGGGCGAGCUCUGGACCGUGCACCUGGCCAUGCACCCCCAGGCCAACCUGCUGAGCGUCAGCCGCCGCCGCUACGCCCACCUGAGCGCCCACGAGGACGAGAUCGCCACCGACAGCAACCUGCCCUGGGGAGUGGACGCGCUCAUCACCCUCUGCUUCCAGGACAAGAAGUACAGCCUGCGCACGGCCGACGAGCGCUACCUGCGCUGCGAUGGCACCUUGGUGCCCGAGCCCGGCGCCGGCACCGGUUACACCCUCGAGUUCAAGGCUGGCAAGUUGGCGUUCAAGGACUGCGACGGGAAAUACCUGGCGCCCACCGGACCCACCGGCACCCUCAAAUCCGGCCGCAGCUCCAAGCCGGGCAAAGAUGAACUCUUUGACCUGGAGGAGAGUCACCCGCAGGUGGUGUUCACGGCGGCCAACGGCAGAUAUGUCUCCAUCCGGCAGGGUGUGAAUGUCUCAGCAAACCAGGAUGAGGAGCUGAACCACGAGACCUUCCAGCUGCAGAUCGACCGCGACACCAACAAGUGCAGCCUCCACACCAACACCGGCAGCUACUGGACCCUGGUGGCCCACGGGGGCAUCCAGGCCGUGGCCACCGAAAUCGCUGCCAACACCAUGUUUGACAUCGAGUGGCGCGGGCGGCGCGUGGCCCUGCGCGCCAGCAACGGCCGCUACGUCUGCACCAAGAGGAACGGGCAGCUGGCGGCCGUCAGCGACACCGUGGGUAAGUCCUGGGGGGGACAGGGGGCACGGGUGGGGGGGGUCCCCGGGAUGCUGAGAGCCGGGUGCUGUGCAGGGGAGGACGAGGAGUUCACUCUGAAGCUGAUCAACCGCCCGAUGCUGGUGCUGCGGGGGGAGCACGGCUUCGUCUGCUACCACCGGGGCUCCAACCUGCUCGACUCCAACCGCUCCGUCUACGACGUCUUCCACAUCAGCUUCAGCGACGGCGCCUACCAGAUCCAAGGCCAGGGGGGCAAGUACUGGUACGUGGCGAGCAGCGGCUCGGUGUGCAGCGACGGGGACCUCUCCGAGGAUUUCUUCUUCGAGUUCCGGGAGCGGGGCCGCGUGGCCAUCAAAGGGAAGAACGGGCGGUACCUGCGCGGGGACCCCGCGGGGACCCUGCGUGCCGACAGCGAGUCCGUGCUGCGAGCCACGCUCUGGGAGUACUGACCCCAGCACCUCCCUCGCGGCCACCGCCUGUCCCUGGCAAAGCGGGGCGGUGGCAGCGGUGGCACCGCCCAUGGCAGCUGUGCCCCCGCCAUUCACGGCAAUAAAGUCACCUGGAUCAC